CGCCUCCCCUAGACUCCCGAGGCACAGUACGCAGUGACUUGCCUGCAGGCUUUUUGGAAGUUGGUGUUGUAUUAUGAUUUCGCAAAUAAAAACGUAGGGCAUAUCCACCAGACACAGGAAACACAGACCUAUUUGCAUUAUUCCAAUUCAGAGAGAAAAUUCUGCAGAGUUGUCACCCAAAAUGGCCCGGGUAUUUUAUGCUGGAAUAUGUCUGCUGUUGAUCCACAUGCUAACGGUUGUAAUUGUCAAGGUGGACACCAAAGGGCUCACAAAUUUAAAGAGGCAAAAAAGGGAGUGGAUCGUACCACCGAGGAAACUGAAAGAGAAUGUGGAUUACAGACGCGAAGUCAUCGCAAAAAUUCGGUCCGAUGAAGAGACGAGGACUUCGAUCAGAUACUCCCUGACAGGUCAAGGCGCUGACAAGGACCCCGUCGGGCUGUUUGUUGUUGAUUCACGGAGUGGCGAAGUCAGGGUGACGGAUAUUCUGGACCGAGAGAAAGUAGCGGUUUACUACCUCCAGGGCAUGGCAAAAUUUGACAAUGGUUCACAAGCAGAGAGAAACAUUGACCUACGCGUCAUUGUAGAAGACGAAAAUGACAACGAUCCGGUGUUUUCCAUUGUGAAAGCUGGAAAUGUCAGUGAAUUAAGCCAGUCAGGCACUUUAGUGAUGAUAAUUGCUGCCACAGACGCUGAUGAUCCAGCGACUCCCAAUGCUCAGAUAACUUACAGCAUCCUGGAACAGGUUCCAGGUGACCCAGCCAUGUUCGAACUCAUCAAGGAAACGGGCGAGAUUCGCGUCCGACAAAACACUCUAGACAGAGAAACGCACACUUCCUAUACGUUGAAAGUUAUUGGCGCUGACAUGAACGGGCAGAAGGGAGGCAGAACUGGUACAGGAGCUUUUACAAUCAACAUCCAGGAUGUCAACGACAACGUCCCCACGCUGGAGAAAUCUUACUACGAGGGCAGCGUGGAGGAGAACACAGUGAACGUGGAGGUGAUGCGCAUCAAAGCUGUGGACCUCGACUUAAUCAACACCGACAACUGGCGGACGAUUUUCUCAAUCGUUUCAGGAAACGAAGCCGGAUACUUCAACAUCACGACGGACGAAAAGACCAACGAGGGCAUUAUAACACUGAUCAAGGCCCUGGAUUAUGAAGAGCUGAAAGAGGUGAACCUCAGGAUCAGCAUGCGCAACAAAGCGGCCUACCACCAAAGCGUGGUCCUGCCACCGGGCGGAAAAUCCUACCCCAUCAAGAUAAACGUGAAGAACCAGCCCGAAGGCCCCAGGUUCAGUCCCGCCAUGAAGGCCAUCUCCAUCUCCGAGAACAGCAAGGUGGUGACCACCCACACCGUCAUCGCCACCUACACCGCCAUCGACGGGGACACCCUAGUGGCGGCAGAAAACGUCCGGUAUGCAAAAUUGCUCGACCAAGCCAACUGGUUGAUAAUCGAUGAAAGGACUGCAGAGAUUAAACUGAGCCAAAUACCAGAUCGGGAAUCCAAGUUCUUGGUUAAUGGAACAUACAUUGCAAAGAUAAUAUGUAUAACGAAUGACAUCCCAGCAAAAACCGCCACCGGAACCAUAUUCAUGGAGGUAGAGGACUUCAACGACCACUGCCCCACGCUCACCAGCACGACUCGGACCGCCUGCAGCUACGACACCGCCCUGCUGGUCACUGCCGAGGACGCGGACCCCGACCCCAACGGCGCCCCCUUCCACUUCCGGGUCGUGCGCGAAGGCACAAAGCAGAAGUGGACCGUCGAACCUGCCGACGAGAACAGAAGUGUGAUCCUGAGAGCCAGUGAGAAGCUGUGGCCCGGCCUGUACCAAGUGGAGCUGGAAGUGCGGGACCAGCAGGGCAAGGCCUGUGAGGCCCGGCAGGUUCUGGACGUGAUGGUCUGCACCUGUGGGGAGGGCGGGGCGGAGAAGGCGUGCGAGGCCAGGGCCGUGCCUUCAACCGUUUUCGGGGCUCCAGGGGUGGCCUUCCUGCUGCUGGCCCUACUGCUGCUUCUGCUGGUGCCUCUGUUACUGCUGUUCUGUACGUGCGGGGGCAAAAACUUCAUGAUGAUGCCGGUGGACACCAAAGAGCAUCUGAUAGAGUACCACACAGAGAGACCUGGAGAAGACAAGGAAGUCCCACUUCUAAAAGUCCCCACAGAGGUUGAUGGCUCCAUUAAAGCUAAACAUUUUGAGAAGCUUGGGGCAGGACAAUCUGCGGGAGGGGCAGCAGGAGCAAGUCUGUUGGGGGCGGCAGGGGAAGGUUUUGGGCAGACCAUGGGGGCAGGUUAUGGGCAGGCCAUGGGGGCAGGUUAUGGGCAGGCCAUGGGGACAGGUUAUGGGCAGGCCAUGGGGGCAGGUUUUGGGCAGACCAUGGGGGCAGGUUAUGGGCAGGCCAUGGGGGCAGGUUAUGGAGGGGCAGAAGGUGGCUACUCUUCCGCCUCUGCCUGGGGCUAUAGUGAUGGAAUACAGGGCGCAGAAAUGAAAGGAAGAUACUCGGGAUUUGAAAGCCUUCACAAAGGAGCCUGGGAUGGAAUCGCCCUCACAGAAGAUUUUCUGGACGAUUACUACUCUCAGAAGGCGGGCUGUGCAGAGGGUCUCGGCGGGCUGUUGGGGGACGGACUGCAGAUAUACGAGUACGAGGGUCAGGAGUCGCCCGCGGGGUCCGUGGGGUGCUGCAGCUUACUGGGCGCCGACGACAGCCUGGACUUCCUGAACGACCUGGGCCCCAAGUUCAGAACCCUGGCGGAGAUGUGCAGGGGCUCGGCCACGGAGACCGCGUCCUCGACCGCCGCCUCGGCUCGCGGCGUCCACUCGGGCGGCGCGGCGUCGUCGUCGUCGGAGACGACCCACACCGAGAUCACCGCGGAAACCACGCUGGGCGCCAGCAAGGCCUCACCGGCCCGCGCAGCGUCAUCGUCGAAGACGACCCACACCGAGAUCACCGCGGAAACCACGCUGGGCGUCAGCAAGGCCUCACCGGCCCGAGCGGCUUCCCCCGCCCGCGCAACUCCGCCGGCCCACGCGGUGGAGAGCGUCGUCACGGAGACCAGUUACGCCGCCUCCGCCCCCAGGGUGCAGGUGACGGAGAACGUGCUGGCGUCGAGCGGGGCGUACCUGGUCCAGCCGACGCCCGUGCUCUACACCACCGCCCCGGUCCUGCAGACCCGCUACGUCCUGGAGCAGCCGGGCCUGGGCGCCACCCUGCUGGUGACGGACAGGCCCGGGAGCGCCCAGGGUGUGUACCUGCUCAACGACGCUCCACGCAUGGGUGAGACGGUGCUCGUCCGGGAGCAGAGGGGGGCGGCGACGGUGGCGGCGGUGCCGGCUGGCGCUUUGGGCAUGAACGAGGGCGUGGUCCUGGUGGAGCAGCGCCACGUGCUGAGAGAAGCCGACGCCGGGCGGGGCCACACCCUCCUGCGCGUGGAGAGCCCGGGGCCCGGGGCCCAGAGCCUGCUGGUGCUGGAGAGGCAGGUGGUCACAGAGAGCCAAUCGGAACCAAGGCAGGUGCUGGUACAGGAGAGGAGCGCCUCGGCAUCCCCAAACCCCCCGCUGGUGGAGAGUCAGGUGGCCUUGGAGUCAGGUCAUCAGCAAGGGCUUCAACAGGGAACGAGCCUCUCGCAGUCCCACAGUCUCCUGCUUGUACAGGAGAGGAGUGCCUCGGCAUCCCCAAACCCCCCGCUGGUGGAGAGUCAAGUGGCCGUGGAGUCAGGUCAUCAGCAAGGGCUUCAACAGGGAACGAGCCUCCCGCAGUCCCACAGUCUCCUGCUUGUACAGGAGAGGAGUGCCUCAGCAUCCCCAAACCCCCCGCUGGUGGAGAGUCAGGUGGCCGUGGAGUCAGGUCAUCAGCAAGAGCUUCGACAGGGAACGAGCCUCCCGCAGUCCCACAGUCUCCUGCUGGAGGUGGGCGCAGGAUCCACGCGGGGACGUCUGUCGCCAGCCUCCCAGAACUCGCUGGCUGGGGAGGAGGGUGUCUCCUGGCCGUCUGGCGCUCAGGAGGAGGGGGCGGAGCUCCGGAUGGUUGCUCCACCCGGGGCCCACACGGUGGUCAGGCAGGAGAAGCAGAUCUCCUACUCUGAGAGGAGCGUGCAGGAGGUCACCUCCGCUGGCCACGCCCCCAUCUGAGCUCCUCAUCUGUUCUUACACUCUUUUUUUUUUUUUUUUUACUAAUGCUUUCGGCCUAAUCCUCAAAAACACAAAAAAAAUUAUUAUUCAGGCUCAUACCAUUCAGCCCAAGGAAUCACGUGGGAUGCACACUGUGGUCUUGAAGAGUGAGGAGUGACAUGUUAACACAGGCCAGCGUUAACUGAAGUUGUCUUGGUCUCCUGGGCUGCUGGGCGUGUUGUAAACACACUGUGCAUAAUGGGCAAAGUCUAAAAAGGGAGUACUAGGAAGGCAGAGUUGUUUUUUUGAACUUCAGGCCUACUUCUGGUUUUCUCAGAACACAGAAAUUAUUUACAUGCCUGUAGCCUAGUCGUUUAUUUUACCUGACAUUUCUUUGAGAUAAUCCUGCAGGCUGCGAAUGUGACCUUGUGCAAAUGCGCUGGCUCAAUACAGCAGUGAGCCACCUUUAGUGUAUACGGCUGUUUAGAAAGGUCUAGAAAGUUCAGAAUAAUUAGCUGGGGUGGGGGGUGGGCAGCACAUACUGCACACUCUGCAUUACAUUACAGGCAUUUAGCAGACGCUCUUAUCCAGAGCGACUUACAUAACUUUUUUUAUUUUUUACAUAGCAUUUACAUUG